GUUCCAAGUGCUUUCCGUUCGGACUCACUAACGCGCCCCGCGACGUUCCAGCAGUUGAUGGAGUUGGUGAUGCGGGGCUUGCAGUGGGAACAGUGCCUGAUUUACCUGGACGACGUGAUAGUGUUCAGUAAAUCUCUGUCUGAGCAAUGGUCCAGGCUGCGAGAGGUGUUCCAGUGAUUGCAAGCAGCCCAUCUCAAGCUCAAGCCGUGAAAGUGUUACCUUGCACAGCGCGAGGUGGGGUACCUCGGACACCGAGUCAGCGAGGCGGGGGUGCGCACCGAUCCCGAGAAGGUGCGCGCCAUAGUGGAAUGGCCAUGGCCAAGGAACCUGACGGAGAUCAGAUCAUUUUUGGGGCUCGCCACCUAUUAUCGCCGAUUUGUAAAGGGAUUCAUUGAGGUUGCACGCCCCCUCACCCACUCACAUCCCCCUAAGAACCCCUAUCAGUGGAUGGAGGCCUGCCAGACGGCCUUCACCACCCUCAAAGACCACCUCACCCACACUCCCACCCUGGCUUUCCCCGAUUUCACCACUGAUUUUAUUUUGGACACCGACGCCUGUGGCAGUGGGCUGGGCGCGGUGCUGUCACAGGUGCAGGAUGGGACGGAGCGAGUCAUCGCAUAUGCCAGCUGGACCCUGAGCAGGGCCGAGCUGAACUAUUGUGUGGCCCGUCAAGAACUGUAUGCCGUGAUCUUCGCAUGUAAACAGUUCCGGCCGUACUUGUACGGCAGAAAAUGUCGGGUACGCACUGACCAUUAUGCCCUGCAGUUCCUCCUUACAUUCAAGGAACCGCUGGGGCAGAUGGCCCGAUGGCUAGCACAGCUGCAGGAGUACAACCUGAAAAUCGAGUACCGAGCUGGGCGUACGCACGCAAACGCGGACACCUUGUCAAGGCGGCCCGUGGUGUGCGCCGAGACAAGGACGAAGGAAGCCUGCCCGUGCUUCACGGGGGGACGUUGCCGCCAGGUGGCGGGCCCCCAGGAGCACGUUGAGACUAACCCCCAUCCGAUGAGAGAGAGUGCGGUAUGUGCCACAGAUACCCCGGCAGGAGGAGCCAGGGGCCCGGGUGACCACCCGGCGGUCAUGGAGCCCACACCCCAGGGCCCGACGGGCCGCUCAACCCUGCCCAAUCGGAUCCAAGAGGACGUCGGCUGUGCAUUCCCAGGCCUCGACGACGAGCAGCUGAGACAGACCCAGCAGCGGGAUCCGGACCUGGCAGCGGUGGAGGCGGCCCUGUGGGAGAAAAAGGUCGUCCUACCGGGACCCUGGAGCGAUCUAUUGUUCGGUGUUCCCCCACCGCAACGGGAGGAGGGGAGCCGCCCCGUGGAACACCUGAUGGAGACUCUGUGAGGGGCCCGGGGCCGAGCCUACCCGCAAGGAGAGGCCGCGCACCAGCGGCAAGAGCAGAGCGCCCGACCCCGUAUAGAACCCCCCUUCUACUCGGCGGGCUCAAAAGUAUGGCUGCACACUCCUCGCGUCGGGGCCGGACAGAUGGGGAAACUGACCACCUACUAGCGGGGGCCCUGGACCGUGGGACGGCAGAUCUCCCCCUGGACGGUGCUGAUUCAAGGAGGAGAGAAGGGCCGGGAGAUGGUGGUCAACAUCCGCCGACUAAAACCAUGGCGAGCAGCUCCAGCGGGGGGGAACCCCGCCGUUUGAGUACCCCGAAACCCCGAGGUCCCCACACCCCCCAUACCCAGGGGCCUCACAUGGUAUAUGGGCCCCACGGAGCCCCGAGCCUCGAGGGGCCCCGACCCGGGUCGGGCGGGACGAGGACGACGACCCUUAAACCCUACCACCUCCGAGUUCGUUCCCCAACCCGCAGGUACUGAGGGCCGAGGAGGACCGUUGGAGUGGAGGAGGAGACUGCCGCCGGAACCCCGGGAGACGGAGCCACCACCCUUGAGGCCGGCCACAAGGACUGGACGAGUCCCGCAGACCCCACGACGCUACCUCGUGGGAGCAACCCAGGCGAGGUGCUCCAGUCAACCCGGGACGGGGACUGGCACCUCGGGGGGCUAUGUGGUGCCACGACAGCGAAGCCGCUCCGCCGAGGCUGGGGCCGCCGCUGUGCUGACAGUGCUGCUGCAGUGGGGAAGUCACCCGGCUCCCGUCACAGCGCUCUCCCCACCACCCCCCACAUAAACACACACGGACUGGCGGGCAGGUGGGGAGCGGAGCCGCGCAGGUUAACGGCCCUACCCAUAAUGCACCGCGAGUUUAACGGCCCUACCCAUAAUGCACCGCGAGUUUAACGACCCUACCCAUAAUGCACCGCGAGUUUAACGGCUCUACCCAUAAUGCACCGCAGUAGUAAUGUGGAAUGGGCAGAGCACUUGGUGGGACAAUGGGGGGGGGGCGUGAGAGGGGGGGGAU